AUGGCAGCUACGAGAGCUUCCGCUGUAGCAUUGGUGUUGUUCUCAUUGUCACUGGCAAUGGUCGCCACUGAGUGCCGGCCUGCCCGGAAAGACCUCGGCCUCGCCCUGGGUGGCGGCCUGGGCCUCGGUCUCGACCUCGGGCUAGGUGGUGGAGGCUCGGCCUCCGGCUCAGGCUCCGGUUCCGCCUCCGCCUCCGCCUCCGGGUCUGGCUCUGCCUCGGGUUCGGGUUCUGGUUCCUACGCCGGGUCGUACGCGGGCUCGUACGCUGGUUCGGGCGGUUCAGGCGCAGGCUCUUCGGCUGGUUCUGGUGCGGGGUCCGGUGCCGGCCAAGGAGGCGGGCGUGGCGGGGGCUCGGGGUCUGGCUACGGCGAGGGCCAUGGCUACGGUGAGGGCCAUGGAAACGGGUCCGGGUCGGGUUAUGGCGAAGGCUAUGGAUAUGGAUCCGGAUCCGGUGAUGGGCGUCACUGA